ACCUUCCAAAAAGGGUGUUUGCCAGGGCGAUUAUAAUCGGUGAUAUUUGUUAACUAACGAACUGCUCAACUUUUCCAGGAUGGUUAUCAAGGGACAAAGUGGUAGCAGCAGCAAACCUAGGGAAAAACGCGUGGAAGUUGCUCGGAAUAGUAAGCUAAAGGGCAAAGACCCUGUCGUCGAUGAAGAAAUGGAAGAAGAUGAGGAAGGGCGAUCGCUGUCUGGGGAUGACAGUGAAGAAUCUGUUUUUGACGGGGAUGCAUAUGAAGAUGUUGAAGAUGAUGAAUAUGAGGAUGAGAUAUAUGAGGACGAAGAAUUCGAGGAUGAAUUAUGCCAGAGAACAGUGAAACGUGCGCCAAAGAAAAGGCAAUCUGCUAAAAGCAGGAGGGUUAUUUCAUACGAUGAAGUAGAGGAGGAAGAAGAUAUAGAAGACGAAGACGGUGAAUAUAUGGAUGGUGGGUAUGAAGAUGAAGGAGAGGAUGUUGUUGUUCGCGUUCAGAAAAGAGGGAAGAGUUGGAAGGAGGUCGGGCAGAAUGCUUUGAAGAAGAAGGCACAUCUGCAGAUGAUGCGGAAGAAGCGAGACAUGUGA